ACAACACGAGCUAAUCCAAUCCAAUCCCCAAUUCCUUCCCCUGCUCGUCUCCCAACCAACGGAGCCCAACUCCAGCGCCGAUUUCCUCUGCCCCAGCCACUCGGCCUCGCCGGCGCGGCGGCCUCCUCUCCCCCAUCCAUGCCGCUGACCUCCCUCUCCUUCUCUCCCAUGGCGCCGAAACCCUAGCCACGGCGACCUAGCAGCAGCAGGCAGGACGAGCCCGGCUAUGGCCAUGGCCUCCUCUUCCCCUCUGCCCUGCCACGGCCGCCGCUCCAGCCCCUCCUCUCCUCUCCUCUCCUCUCCUCUCCUCUUCACUUCUCUCCCAAGGGAGGGGAGGGGAGGGGAGGGAAGGGAAGCCAAGGCCCCAGAUCAAGCGGAGCGGCGCCCAAAUCCGCCCACAGCGGCACCGGCGAUCUGAUCCGCGACCCUCCUCGAGGUCGGCCAUGGAGCGCGGCAGCAGCCAUGGACGGUGACGCCCGAAACCCUAGCUAGCCCUCAACCUCCAAGGACGCGCGCCGGCUGCUCUCGGCGGGGAGCACCUCGACGCCGGCCAAAGGCCAUCACCAUCCCCAUCACCAGCAUCCCGCGUGCGUGAGUCAAGGAGGAAAGAGGAGGAGGCCAUCGCCAUGCUCAGAUCCAUAGCUCCUCUUUUCUCUUCAAUUUUUUCAAACUUGAAUGUGAUGAACAGGGUCAUGAUACUAGUGCUUGAGUCAUGAUACGCACACCCCAAACCUCAUCAUCUUCAUGCUUGCAACUUGUAGGCCAUGAAAGCUGCUCCUUCCCCGCCAUGACCACCCUCUCCCUCUCAUGGAAGGUUUUUUGAUUUGAUCUCAAAUUGGCCAUUCUUAUGUGUUAGAGCAGCAGCAGUAGCAGCAGGGUUCCUUGGUGGAUACAGCAGCAGCAGCAGAAAGAGGACACCAUGGUGGGUACAGCAGCAGCAGCGGCGGCAGGGUUCCUUGGUGGAUACAGCAGCAGCAGCAGAAAUAGGACACCAUGGUGGGUACAGCAGCAGCAACAGGGCUGCAUCUUCAAGGUCAGCAGCAGCAGCGGCUCGAUGGACGGUGAUCCCUUCUCCACCUCUUGUUUCAUAUGCAAGCAGCAGGCAAGAUUUCAUCCCUACAGCAGAGGACAAGGGCCUUACUUGAUCAUGCCUGCCAGUCAAGGUCGCAACCCACGGAGGGGGGACGCGCUGUUGUUCGGCAUUGGCUGCACAAACCGCCACGCAGGAAGGCACCCUCUAUGGACGGGGAUGACCACGAUGCAGGGGAGGAUGAGGACCGGUACAUUGAGCUCGACCACGACGGGGCACCGCACAAGGGCAUGAUGUAGUGCCCAGGAUGCUCUUCGGAUGGCUCCCAGGAUGGGAUUGAACCUAGUUGAGGUCCUUGGGAAAUCAGGCCCUCCUGUUUCCAAGAUCAUAGGCUUUCACAAA